AUGCAGGCCACAGAGCUGUAUUGUGCCAGUUGCACUGCCUGGUUUCAACGACGAGAGCACUACGAGCGGCAUAUAAGAAUCCACACCAAGGAGAAACCGUUUGCGUGCACCGAAUGCGGUUAUCCCUUUAGUCGCGUAGAUUCCCUAUCGCGUCAUUAUAAUACCGUUCAUCGUCAAGGCCAAGGUGCGGAGGUCAGAGAUCGAGCUGAUGGCCGACGUCGAGUCGCGAAGGCCUGCAAGCCAUGCAAUGCCUCCAAAGUGCGGUGUGAUGGGCAACAGCCCUGUCAACGAUGUAUCAGUCAUGACACCGAUUGCUACUACGAACAAACUCAGAAGCGCAGAAUCGAGCCGCCAACGUCUGCUGGAAGCUCGUCCACUUUCCCGCCUGCUAAGCGUCAGUCUCGCCAUACUCCUGAACCUAAGACCAAUCCCAGGAGGGAAGUAGGACAUCAUCAUGCGGCGCAAACUCCCUCCACUAUUGACCAUCGAAGUGUAUCUGUCACCACGCCACAUCUGGAAACCCCAGACCCUAGUGCAGGUCUACCAGAUCUCUUGGAUACUACCGCUGAAACUGCCCAGGAGUUAUAUGGUGAACUGCCACUGCUUUCAGAGCUGGUAGACCUGGAGGGCCUCGUGGAGCCCGACUUGGGGCCUGUCUGGUCGGACAUGUUCCAACCAUGUCUCCAGGAGGACCUUACGGAUAUGAGGCUAACGUCCUUGAUCGAGACUCCCCCGACCCGGGAUAUGUCGUUCUCUGGGGACAACAUGCGCCGACAGCCGGCGCUGCCACUGACUCCCUCCGCGGUGAGCGAGAUAUACGACGGUCGAUGCUCUCCGAGGCCUGAACAAGAGGCGAUGGGACCCCGAGCCUAUCAUCCAACCGUCAUCAGCGUAGACGCCCAACUAAGCUUCCCAGACCUUGGGGGAGUCCGCUUCGACGAUAUCGACAGCGAAGACCUGGCUCACGUUGCGGAGGUCAGCCAGACUGUCCUGGACGAAGCGACGCGACUCACCCUCACUCUGCAAACCGCCCCCAGCUUUCCCCCGUUUCUAAACUGGCAGCUUCCACCCCGGCCCAUACUCAACAGCUGGGUCCAGCUCUACUUCGAACACUUCCAUCCCAUCUUCCCCUUACUCCACAAACCCUCAUUCGGCGGUCCAGCCACGCACUGGCUCCUAACCUUCGCCGUCGCCGCCAUCGGCGCGCAAUUCUCACGACUCCCCGAGUCGCAGACCUGUGCGCGCGCCAUGCAAGAGCUCAUCCGCCGAUUCACCAUCCAUCUAUGCGAGCACCACAAUCGAAACGGCCGCGAGCUGUGGCUAACGCAGGUCGUCCUUCUGAACCAGAUCGCCUUUCGAUACUCCGGCGAACGCCGCGCCUUGGAGAUCGCCGAGAUCUACCAGGCUCUUCCCAUCACCUUGGCUCGUCGAAAGCAGCUAUGUACCACAACUAUGUCGCUUCGCAAGAUUUCAGAGCUGGAGUUACCACAGAACCAGCGAUGGCAGAUCUGGAUUCUCGACGAGGAGCGCCGGAGGACCGGAAUUGCUGUUUGGCUGCUGGACUCGGCCUUUCGCACUCACUUCGAUCUCACGAGACUCAUGGGUGAUCGCGAUAUGCAAAACACUCUCCCUCAGCGGGAGGAGCUCUGGGAGGCGUUGACGACCGAGGCCUGGGCGAGCCUUACACAAAAUCUAGGGACUCACCCCUCUAAAACACUGCAUCAACUCGCCCGAGACGGCGACUGGAUCGCCGCGUGGAACGCGACAGGGACUCUCGGAAAGCAGGCGAUCCUUCAGCUCCUAAUCAACAGCAUUUACGACCAGGCAGGGCGCAGCCCUGAUUCAGCGUCGCGAGGCGGAGCAGGAAGAGGCGAGCCCCUGGACCAAGCAACAGCGGAGCAGGGGUUGCGCACGCUUCUCACCGUCACAGAGCUACCAUCGACAUCACCGUCGGAGGUGAAAGCCAACACGGCGCACCGGAUCGGGAUCCUAGGCGGGUUAAUGAUGUCGCAGGCACCGGGGCGGAUGCCGCUGCUGGGCACGGCGUUACGGCUGGCCUAUCGGCGGUACGACGAGGCGGGACGACAGGGGCUGGCGAGGGAGUGGAGAGCCGCUCCGCGCGAGGGCCGUAUGGCUGUGGUGUAUGCGGCGCAGACACACUCGGCGCUGGUCAUCGCCGUGGGGUCUGGGGCCGGUGCAGCGCAGCACUUCUCGUUCCCGGUGCUCCUGUUCCGCGCUACCCUGCUGCUCUGGCUGUUCUCCACACUGGCGCCUGUCCCACCACCCGAGACUGAGCCCGAUUUCGCGGCCACUCCUUCGGUGGUUCUUGGCUGUGGCGGGGGAAGCGGUGGGAUGUUCAUGAACCAGGAUCCGGCGGCGCAGGCGCGCUGGGUUGAGACGGGGUUUCCGUGUCGUCUUAAACUCGCCGGUAUUGGCAACUUCAUGUCGUCGACGGGCCGGGCCAGACUGUUGGAAGAGUCCUUGUCGGGGAUGAGAUCCCUGCGCGGCUGGGGCAUUAAUGCUAUCUACGAACAGCUGCUGGCUGGUCUUCGGUGUCAAGAGAAUUGA